CGUCAUCUUCUCGAUAUCGAGCCGACAGGACAAAGAAAAGAUCCAUCUUUUACGCAAAGCGCAAACCAUAUAUAAAACUCUUUUCUACUGUCGAACUCUCCACUGUUCCACCCGAGAACCUCUCUUAUGGCUUCACAGAAGAUCGCCUCCGCCCUGGCGGAGAUCGAAUCGUCCGCCAACCCCCAAAACAAGCUACAGCUUUACAACGACCUCCUUUCGGACGUGGUCUCAACAACAGCCGGGGACCAGCUCUCUGAAGAUGUGAACUUCUACCUCGACUCCAUCCUCAGCGAAGACAUCAGUAUCGUGGCCUCCCGCCCACUCCUCGACUCAUUCAUCGACGUCUUCCGGAAACUCAACCCCGAAACCCAGAUCAAAGUAGGCCAACACGCCAUCACACUCCUCCAGUCCCGCUCCACAUCAGUCGAAGAGCAGGACUCCCAGAUCCGCGAACUCCUGGCAGACGCAUACGAGUCCGAGGAAGAGUAUAUCGCAGCAGCCCGGACAUUACAAGGAAUCCACAUCGACAGCUCGCAGCGCCUUGUCUCUGACGCCGCCAAGGUGCGACUAUGGAUCCGGAUCGUGAGACUGUACCUAGAGGAGGACGACACAACCAGCGCAGAGGCGGUUCUGAACCGAAUCAAGAACCUGCCCAGCAAGAUCGAGGACCAGGAGUUGAAGCUACAUUUCAAGCUCUCCCAGGCCCGCAUCCUAGACGCCCGGAGGAAGUUCCUCGAUGCCAGCCAGGAAUACUUCAACGUGAGUCUGGCUGCCGGUGUUGAUGAGAGCGAUCGUUUGCAGGCUUUGGCUGCCGCCAUCCGAUGUGCGGUUCUGGGCCCGGCUGGUCCGCAGCGCUCCCGGAUUCUGGCGACGUUGUAUAAGGAUGAUCGGGCGACGUCAGUGGAGGAGUUUGGUAUUUUGGAGAAGAUGUUCCUGGACAGACUGUUGACCCCGGCUGAGGUCGCUGCUUUUUCGCAGAGGUUGGCCCCUCAUCAGCUUGCGCAGACUGCAGACGGGACUACGGUUCUCGAUAAGGCGGUGGUUGAACAUAACCUCGUGGCGGCGAGCAAAUUGUAUGAGAAUAUCACUACGGAUGCGCUGGGUGCUAUUCUGGGGCUCAAGGCAAGUGGGGAUUUGACAGCUGGUGAAAAGGCUGAGGCCUAUGCGGCGCGGAUGGUUGAACAGGGCCGGCUGAACGGCAGCAUUGAUCAGAUCGAUGGCAUCAUCUACUUCGAAUCGGGCACAGCUGGUACUGGAAGAAAUAUUAGGCAAUGGGAUGCCGGGGUCCAGGGACUCGCGGAGGAUGUGGAAAGAGUAGCGACUAGUAUUACGGAAGCGUUCCCGGAAUUUGCGGUCAGACACACGGUGCAUUGAAAGAAAAAGAUUUAUGAAGAAUGAAUGAUGGAUAUCACCAGCUAUAGCGACACAAUUCUACAAUUUCGCUCCCUUGAUCACAA